CUUAUUAAAUAGACAGUCAUGGCCCUUCGUAAAGUGAAGGGAGCAGUGGAGAGAGUGUUCGACAAGAACCUGAAUGACCUCGUCAGGGGCAUCAGGGCACACAAGGACGACGAGGCGAAGUUCAUCGCAACCUGCAUUGAUGAGAUCAAGCUGGAACUGAGACAGGAGUCUAUGGAUGUGAAAGCCAAUGCAGUCAUCAAACUAGUCUAUCUACAAAUGCUGGGCUACGACAUCAGUUGGGCCUGUUUCAAUAUGGUAGAGGUCACGAGCAGUCCAAAGUUCACCUUCAAGAGAACGGGAUAUCUGGCUGCCUCUCAGGCGUUCCGUGAAGACACUGACGUCAUAAUGCUCAUGACUAAUCUCAUCAAAAAGGACUUGGUUGUGAGCAAUCAGAUGUACGAUGCCGCUAACAGUCUGACAGGGCUGAGUUGUUUCAUGACUCCCGAGUUGGCCCAGGACCUAACCAAUGACAUCCUCACACUGCUGAGCUCAUCCAAGCCUUAUAUUAGGAAGAAGGCUGUCCUCAUCACCUACAAAGUGUUCCUCAAGUAUCCAGAAGCGCUCAAACUUGCUUACCCGAAGUUGAAAGAGAGAUUGGAUGACUCAGAUGCUGGUGUGCAAUGUGCGGCAGUGAAUGUGAUAUGUGAGCUGGCGAGGAAGAAUCCGAAGAACUACCUGGCUCUGGCGCCUAUUUUUUUCCGAAUCAUGACCACCUCCACCAACAACUGGAUGCUCAUCAAGAUCAUUAAGCUGUUUGGAGCUCUGACCCCUCUUGAACCCCGACUGGGACGCAAACUAGUGGAACCACUGACGAACCUGAUACACAGUACUUCGGCCAUGUCAUUACUGUACGAGUGCAUCAACACUGUCGUGGCAGUGCUCAUCUCCAUUUCUUCAGGAUUGCCGCAACACAACUCCUCCAUACAGGGAUCCAAUGGAAAAUAUGAGAAGCUCUGUGUGGAGAAACUGAAGAUUCUGAUUGAAGACAAUGAUCAAAACUUAAAGUACUUGGGUUUGCUGGCUAUGGGAAACAUUCUGAAGACGCACCCGAAGAGCAUCCAGCCUCUGAAGGACCUGGUACUGUCGUGCCUGGACGACAAGGACGAAUCAAUCCGGUUCAGAGCUCUGGAUCUUCUCUAUGGAAUGAUUAACAAGAAGAAUCUGAUGGAGAUUGUGAAGAAGUUAAUGUCGCACAUUGAGAAGGCGGAGGGUACUCAGUACAGGGAUGAGCUGCUGAGCAAGGUCAUCGAAGUGUGUUCACAUGAGAACUACAAAAACAUCACCAACUUCGAGUGGUACAUUAGCAUCCUGGUGGAGCUGACGAAGAUGGAGGGUACUAGACAUGGGAGGCUGAUCUCUGCCCAGAUGCUGGAUGUGGCUGUCAGGGUCAGGUCCAUCAGACAGUAUGCUGUCACUCAAAUGGCGCUAUUGGUGGAAAACAACAACCUUCUGAGUGGUGCAAUCAGACGCAAUGGUAUAUCGGAGGUGCUCUAUGCUGCCGGGUGGAUAGCGGGGGAGUUCAACAUCUUCCUCUCGGACCCCAAGACCACGCUGAUGGCCAUGUUAAGAGAGAGGGUGGUGGAACUGCCUGCCAACGUACAGGCAGUGUAUGUCCAGAAUGCUCUCAAGCUGUACUCAAAGCAGAUGAGAGAUAUGCGCGGCAAGAUAGGAGGCAGUGAGAAUGAGGAGCAAGAGGAAGAAGCUGAUGCGACUGAGUCUGCCGGGAGAUCAGCAGAGGUCAAGCAGGAGAUGAAAGAGUUGACGAAGAGUGUGUUGGAGAAGCUGCCACAGUUCGCCAACAGUCCCCAUAUGGAGGUCCAGGAAAGGGCGUGCGUGGCGCUGCAGAUCCUUCGCUAUAUUGAGAGGUAUAUUGACAAAGACGAUGAGAUAGUAGAAGACUUCCGACUCCUGUUCGCAGAGGAUCUCAACCCAGUAGCCCCCAAGGCACAGCGAAAGGUUCCUGUUCCUCCGGGGCUUGACCUGGACGAGUGGAUAAAUGCACCUCCCUCAAGCAGCGAGGAUGAUGAUGUGCCGGGAGCUGCCAAUACAUUCGUGGAUGACAGACACUACGGCAGUUCAUUGGGCAAUAAGGCAGUGUCCAGUGACCCAACAGUGAGCAUCUUCGCCAAACCCAGAGAAGUGUCGGAGCAAGAAUUGGCCAGGGUGCGCGAGGAGCGAGAGAAGUAUGUUUCGAACAACAUGUACUACUUGAAGAGUUCAAAUGCCAGCAGCAAGAACAGUUCUCCUCCAGGGAAAAAGCCGCACUCAAGUAAACAACAGCAGGAAGCUUCUUCGGUGCCAUCCGAAAUAGACUUGAAGCUGGAGAUACCAGGAUUUUCGCUGACGGAAGCAGAGAAGAAGGCGAUGAAGAAGAACAAAAAGCGCAUGAAGGGCAAGAAGAGUCGUUCGGGUGCGGGGGGAGACGAAGGCGGCGUGGAUUCAGAGGGGGGACUGUACGACAGUGACGGGGCUGGAGGAGGACCAGUGGUGGAUAUUGUGGCUGAGGACAUGCCUGAGGGGGCGUUGCCAAGCGACGAGGAAGACAAAGGAAGACAUGCCAAUGAUCCGCACAGAUUGCUCGACUUUGAACUUGAAAGCUUAACUCCUUUCGACGACAAGACGGACAAGAACAAGAAGAAAAAGAAACAAGAUGAGAAAGUGGAGGAGACUGUGAGUGCAAGUGGAGAGAACAAGAAGAAAAAGUCAGACAAGAAGUCCGAAAAGGAGAAGGAAAAAGACAAGGCGGAAACCUUGACUAGUAAAAAGAAGAAGACUAAAGAGGCGAAGCCAGUCAAAGAAGAACCACAAGAAGAGGAGAUCCAUGUUAUUUCAUCCAAGAAAAGCAGCAGCAAAUCCGGGAAAACUAAAGAAAAAACCGGAAAAGAGAAGAAAAGCAGUAAGAAGGGGACUGUAGUCGGCGAGGGAGAUGAGCCCCAUGUAGUGGAGGGUAAGAAGGAAAAGGGGUCUCCAGGUGCAGUGGGUGGGGACGAAAAAGGAGAGAAAAAGGAAAAGGGAAAGAAGAAGAAAUUGCUGAAGGAAAUUGCCAAUGAUGAGGCAUCCGCGCCUGGUACUGGAGGUAACGAACAGCAGCUGCUGAGUGUGAACCUCAUAGACGGAUUCUCGUCAACUGUCUCCUCUCACUCACUAGUGGAUGUGGCAGCUAACGGAGACCUCAAUAAGAGCCAGGCGGAAAAUCUUGAUUUCUGGCUCGACGGAGAUGAUCAGAGCGGCAAUAAAGGAGCUGCUGGAGUCAAAACUCCUUCAGCAGCGGACACUUCAGCAGGCAACCAAGCAGUCGCAGAGAGUGAUCUCUAUCUGGCACUAGAUGGGAUCCAACUGUCGCCUGUCACAAACCCCUCAGACAUGGCUCUGCCUCUGUUCACGCCUCUAGCUGCAGACAACAAACUCCACAUUGAUUACAAGUUGGAAGUUGAGGAAGUGAGUGGAGAUGUUUUGUGUGUGGAACUGAAAGUGGCCAACAUCUCCUCAUCUGAAGCAUCCACUGAGUUUAUUACUCUGAAGAGUAUAGAGUUGACCAUCUCGGACGGAGUGAGCAUUCAUAUGCGCCGAAUUGGUUCUUCAGCCCACGAAGCAGUGGUGUUGGCGAAGAAGCUGUUGCCUGGCGAAGAGAUCACCCGUAGACUGGAGUACACGUUCAAAGACAUCUACUGGCCACAGAAACUCAAGGGCACUGUUACUUACAUUGCAUCUUCCGGGGAAAGUUCGACGCAGGACAAGAUUGACUUCAAGCUGAAUGUCCCGGUGUCUGCCUAUCUCAUGCCACUGCCAAUGGACGGCAUCAGCUUCAAGAGUCUGCUAUCUUCUGGGGGGUUGCCCUUCAAAUGCAGUGUGAGUGUGCAGUCGGCCGAAGUGUUCACCAAGGCAUUAGCAGUACUCGCUCAUCACAUCCACUUCACAGUUGUGGAGCAAAUUGUUGAAAGCGCCUCUCUCUACUGCAAGUCUGCGUUUGGAGAUCACAUUUGUGUGUUGUUCAAGGCUAAUCCACAAGGGGGCUUCUCGUGUGACAUGAAAUGCAACCACGAGCAGCUGAUGAAGCAGGUGCAGACGGAGAUCGAACACCUGUUCCAGCCAGCAUUGUAGACUCAUCGCCCAGAGGCACACACUGAGCCGACAUUCCACUUAACCUUAAAUUAUACCACUACAAAAUACAAACUCAUAAUUACACACUGUUAAAAUGUAAAAUCAUCGGAUCAGACAAUAAUGUAGCUUCUGAUAAUAAUAGUAUAUAGUGACCUAUUUAUCUUAAAUCCUAGAAAUGCGCGAGAACCCAUGCGUUAUUUAUGGAGGCAAUUUCAAAACCAGAAAUAAGCUGCUUGAUGCAUGAUAAAUUCAUAUUUUUAUUGUUCCGACCACUAAAUGGAGAGAAGGGGGAAGUUCGCUUUAAUCAUGGAUAAGCCCGUGUUUUUUUUCUCCCGAUUUUGACUACCCCAAAGAAAGCUAGAAGAAGGAUCAAGCCUGGGAUCAUAUUAAAGCUUAAUCAGUCGUUAUUUGGAUUCCAAAUAAACAAUUAAAAGUUCGAAAAAGUUGUGUCGCUGUCAAGAGUUUUUUUCGUUUUCUGACUAAUUAUGAUAAAAUUUUCAAUUUUUUGUUCAGUGUGGUCGGCACAUUCUGUGCUAAUUUCACAGCAUCCGGCUCUCCUUGUUAAAAAGUAUUGGAUGUUUUUCCUGUUUUGGGUCGUGUAGUUUGUAUGAUACUAGUCUUGUGCUCAUUCCGUAAAUAUGUGCAGUAUUUAGCUGUUUCUUCGAAUAGUUUGGAAGAGCGUCUUAUGUUAAAGAAAUAUAAUGUAAAUCUUUGCGCGUUGUUCAAAAAUGUGAAUUCUUGCGAUCCAAUUUAUAAAUUUGCGCAAUAUGUUAUGGCUCAGUAGCGGAUAUAGGCAUUGUGUAAAGGCUAUUUAAAAAAAAGUAAUAAAAAAUUGUAACCAACGUGUCAUUUUUGCCUUAAUCCGCCUCUGUUACCAAUUAAUUAUUCUCUGAAUUAUGCAAUGCAUUCUAGUUCUAAUGUAUAUUUUGAAAGUCUUUCUUAAACUACAUAAUUUAUCAAAUUGUUACAACUGCAGAUUUUGUUGGAACGCAAUUCAGAAAAACCUAGCUCUGAUGCCCAAAUUCUGCCUCAAAAAUUCGUUGUAAUAGAAAAAAUGUACCUUUUCAAUAAAAGUUAAGAACAGAAA